UGGGGCAACGGAGGAGUGGCCUGGCCAGGCCCAGCCUUCCUGGGUGCGGCAUCUGAGCCCUUCCCAACUUUCCCUCCCCACCGCGCUAGGUGGUGGCGACCCAUUGGAGUUCCGGUUCCGGUUGCUGUGGCCGCGGGCGGGCGGUGAGUCUGGAGCAGGCGUGCAGUUGGUGCUCUGUGCUGUCCCCUUCAGCGUGACUAGGGCUGGCUGCAGCUCGGGGCUGGGGGCCAGCGCUGGCCCAGGCUCCCCUCCGGGCGAUGGUGCGGCCUGAGGACGCCUCCAUCCCCCGCCGACGCUGACUCUGGUCCCCCAAUCCAUGGCCGCCUCGGCGCCGCCCCCACCGGACAAGCUGGAGGGAGGCAGCGGCCCCGCACCGCCCCCCGCGCCGCCCAGCACCGGGAGGAAACAGGGCAAGGCCGGUCUGCAAAUGAAGAGCCCUGAAAAGAAGCGCAGAAAGUCCAACACUCAGGGUCCUGCAUACUCUCAUCUGACGGAGUUUGCACCACCCCCAACUCCUAUGGUGGAUCAUCUGGUUGCUUCCAACCCUUUUGAGGAUGACUUCGGAGCCCCUAAGGUGGGGGGUACAGGCCCUCCAUUCCUUGGCAGUCCUGUGCCCUUUGGAGGCUUUCGUGUACAGGGGGGCAUGGCAGGCCAGGUACCCCCAGGCUAUGGCACUGGAGGAGGAGGGGGUCCCCAGCCACUUCGACGACAGCCCCCUCCUUUUCCUCCCAACCCUAUGGGUCCAGCUUUCAGUAUGCCUCCUCAGGGUCCUGGUUAUCCACCCCCAGGCAACAUGAACUUUCCCAGUCAACCCUUCAACCAGUCUCUGGGCCAAAACUUUAGCCCACCUGGUGGGCAGAUGAUGCCAGGCCCAGUGGGGGGAUUUGGUCCCAUGAUCUCACCCACCAUGGGACAACCUCCUAGAGGGGAGCUGGGUCCUCCUCCGCUCCCCCAACGCUUUGCCCAACCAGGAACACCUUUUGGACCUCCUCUUCAGAGACCUGGCCAGGGACUCCCCAGCCUGCCUCCCAACACGAGUCCCUUUCCUGGUCCAGACCCUGGCUUUCCUGGCCCUGGUGGUGAGGAUGGCGGAAAGCCCUUAAAUCCACCUGCCCCCACUGCCUUUCCCCAGGAGCCCCACUCAGGCUCCCCAGCUGCUGCUGUUAAUGGGAAUCAGCCUAGUUUUCCCCCCAACAGCAGUGGGCGAGGUGGGGGCACUCCAGAUGCUAACAGUUUAGCACCCCCUGGCAAGGCCGGAGGCGGCGCAGGGCCCCAGCCUCCUCCGGGCCUGGUAUACCCUUGUGGUGCCUGUCGGAGUGAGGUGAACGAUGACCAGGAUGCCAUUUUGUGUGAGGCCUCAUGCCAGAAGUGGUUUCACCGUGAGUGCACUGGCAUGACAGAGAGUGCCUAUGGCCUGCUAACCACUGAGGCCUCCGCCGUCUGGGCCUGUGAUCUCUGCCUCAAGACCAAGGAGAUCCAAUCUGUCUACAUCCGAGAGGGCAUGGGGCAGUUGGUGGCUGCUAACGAUGGGUGACUCCAGUGGCCUGGGGAAGUGCGCAUUUCCCACCAUGCUCUUGCAGAGUGAUCAUGUAGCUCUCGCUCCUUGUUUUCCACUGGCAUCCCAUCCCCAUGGAGCAGAAACAUGGUUCCUGGAAGCAGAGAAGGAACUGAGGCGGGCAGGCAGAAGAGCCUGGAUUGCUUGCUUUAUUUCUGGGAACUUGUACACUGAGACCUUCAGAAAUCCAGGAAACUAAAGCCCCCUGAGCAGAGCCAGCUCUGGAGUCUUAACGAGGCUGCAAGAGAAAAGGGGCUGGAGGAAGUUUCCAGGCCAAGGAUGUCCUGUGGGCAGAUGACAGAUGACCCUAACACCUGUGCCUACCAUACCUGUGCAGCCCCACAGCUUCAGCUCUAGCUCUUGGAGUCACGAGGUUUCUUCACUCCCUUAGAUACAGCCCCUUUUAUGGGUUCUGGAAACAAAUGGGGAUUUCUCUUUUUCUGUUUUUCCUUUUGCUUCUCCUGGACCUAUUGUACUCCUUUUCCCUCAGAGCACCAAGUACCGUGAAGAAGCAGGAGAGGUCCUGACUGGGGCAGCUGUGUACCUGGGGCUUCUAGACUGUAAAGAGAUGCUGAGAAGACGUCUAUACCAAAGUCACGGGUCCACCUCAGCUUCUCUUGUGCUUUUCACUCAGUGACCGUGUUUAACAAAGUUUGGGGUCCCCUUGAAGUCUGGACAGGAGGAAUAGCCCCCUUUCUCCCCACCCAUCUUGCAUACGUUCUUCAACUCUCUGUGCUCUCAUUUCCUCUUGGGAAAGUUUGGAAGCAUGAAGCCCUUUUACCUCAUUCCUUCCCCCAUCCAAGUGAAGCCCUGUCAUGGCUUUGGAGGAGGUGGGAGUGGGCAGCAGGUCCUCAAAGCCAUAGGACUAAAGCUAAGAGAACCUGAAGUUUUCUGCUUGCUAUUUUUUACCCUAUGAUGUUGUGUUGGGCCUGGUGAUCCCGCAACUAGGUUUGGUUUAUUUUUAUUUUUGUAGCACUCUGCCAGUGAUGGUGGGGCUGACCAGGAGGCCUCCAGCUGCUCUUACCUCUUUCCAGCUAGCCCAUAUUCCCCUUCUUCAACUGGGUGGGGAAGAAAAGCUUGGGUGUAGCCCUCUUGAGAGAGCUUGAGGUACCCAGUACUAGGCAUGUUGCUGAAGGCUGCCCUCUGUAAUGUCCUACCACUCAUGAUCCCUGCACAUGGAAAAGAGAAGACACUCUGAGGUGACAGCCUUUGAAGCUGAGGAGGAGAAGAAUGAGCCUGCCUCUUCCUCUGUUCCUCCCGCGACCCCUAAACUACAUAUGAGCAGCCUCUGCUUAAUUUUGUGUUGUGCUGUGGUUCUGUUUGCCCCUAUUACCAGUUGCCACUUUUGUGUUGUCUCCAUGGUUUGUAAAAUGCUCCUGGGGAGGGUUCCUCCCCUUGUUCCUCUCUGUGACUUUUUGGAAGAAACUGGGUUGGCAGAGACAUGGUUACAGGAUCUUUUUGUAUGGUUGGAUUAAUAAAAUGACUUGAAAAUCCAAACAA